GAAGGUUUUGAGGUGGUUAAUUUGAAAUAAUACGGCCAGGACGAAGAAUCGAUUUGAAAUCGUUACACCGGGACUGAUGUUGAAACUAGAUCUAGAGUUAGUUCCCCUGUCAGUUAAUUGUUCAGUUUUCCUAAUUAAUUAACACCUGACGUUUCAGUCACACCUGUAUUACUUGACAAGUCUCCCUGUAUUUAAGGGAAUCGAAUGAAAUUUAGAUUAAAGGUGUAAUGUAAUAGGUACAACAUAAAGCGUAUUAUGACAUCUCUACACUGGCUCUGUAUUAAUAUAGCAUCGGAUGACAUUGACAGAAGAGAAUUCUGAACUUCAGAUGUAUUGACAUUUUCAACAUUUCAAUAUUAAGGGGAAAUAUUCUACAGAACAGAUAUAACCCUCUUUAUAUAAAUCUAUGGUGAAUUAUUGUGAAAUAUUUUCUCUCAGCUGAGAUUAACAGGGAAAUUCUCCUUAUGAAACUGUCUUCAAUGUAUAUGACAUUUAUUUGUGUUGAAAUAAAUUCGCAAAGUAGAUAAGAACAUCUUUAGGCAUCAACAAGGAUUAAAUUUACUGGGAAUAUAGCAGCAGAAUUAUUUGUUAUAUUUAAACUUGAGGUACAAACAAGAAAAAUAACCAUGUGGCAAUAGAAAAAUAGCAGAAAAAGGAACUAUUUAACAAGCUUGAAGUGAAUUAUAUUUUGCUGAAGAAGUUCUGAAAGAGAUAAGAAUAUUGUUGUAUAAUCGUACAACCUGUAAAUUGCUACUCUUUGAAAAAACGUAACAUCUCAACUUGCAGAUGCAGUUGUACAGAAAGGAGACCGACCAACUUUGGUAUUUGUAGUAUAUUGUUCUCUCGGUAACGUAACUUAACUAUGCCUAAAUAUAUUCAUAAAGCAGAGCAACCUUUUCGCUGUGAUAUAUGCGGUAAAACUUUUGCCCAUGCUGGAAACUUCACUAUUCACAGUCGGACUCAUACAGGUGAGAAACCAUUUCGUUGCGAUAUCUGUGGUAAAUCAUUUAUUCAUACAGGUCAGUUGAAUAUUCACAAACGAGUUCAUACAGGAGAAAAGCCAUUUCGCUGUGAUAUCUGUGGUAAAUCAUUUAUCCAUACAGGACAACUAUCUAUUCACCAACGUAUUCAUACUGGCAAGAAGCCAUUUCGCUGUGAUAUCUGUGGUAAAUCAUUUCCUUAUAAAGACAGCUUAACUACUCACAACCGUACACAUACAGGAGAGAAGCCAUUCCAUUGUGAUUUCUGUGGUAAAUCAUUCUCUCAUGUAAAUAGCUUGACUUUACACAAAAAGCUUCAUACAGGAGAGAAGCCUUUUUGCUGUGAUAUCUGUGGUAAAUCAUUCUCCUGUAAAGGUACAUUAACCAGCCACAAACUGUCUCAUACGGGAGAAAAGCCAUUUAGCUGUGAUGUCUGUCAUAAAACAUUUUCCCGUAAAGGUACAUUAACUACCCACAAACGGAUUCAUAGAGGAGAAAAAUCAUAUUGUGAUAUCUGUGGAAAAUCAUUCUCUCAUCCAUACAGUGUAAUUGUUCACAAACGGAUUCAUACCAAAGAGAAACCAUACCGCUGUGAUAUUUGUGGUAAAUCAUUUACCCGUGGAGAUAUCUUAACUGUUCACAAACAGGUUCAUACAGGAAAGAAACAUGAGUGUGAUAUCUGUAAUGAAUCAUUAUCUGUAAGUGGUGACUUAACUGAACACAAAUAUACUCCUGAAAAGGAGAAACCAGAUGAUUGCAACAUCGAAUGUAUUCAUGAAAGCGAGAAACCAUACCGCUGUGAUAUAUGUGGUAAAUCUUUUACUCAGAAUGGUGGCUUGACUGUUCACAGACGUAUUCAUACAGGAGAAAAGCAAUAUCGCUGUGAUAUCUGUGGUAAGUUAUUACCUCACAAAAGUGCCUUAACUACGCACAAACGCAUUCAUACAGGAGAAAAACCAUAUCGCUGCGACAUAUGUGGUAAAUCCUUCUCUCAGAGAGGGGACUUAAAUAAACACAAAUAUAUUCAUACUGGAGAGAAACUAUUUCGCUGUGCUGUCUGUGGUAAAUCAUUUUCCCAAAGUAGUAACUUAAGCACACACAAACGGAUUCAUACCCGAGGGAAGUGAUAUCUGUGGCAUAUUCUCUUCAAAUCAUUACUUAGCUGAGCAUAAGUGCAUCGACACAUGAGUAAAACCAUUUCACUGUGAUAUCUUGUAAAUCAUUCUCUCAGAUGGAACUGAGAAACAAAUUUAUUCAUAGAAGAGAAAAGCCUAAUAUCUGAUAUUUGUGGUUAAUCAUUCUCUCCUAAUAAAUAUGUUUCUUUACUAUACAGGUGUUUAUUCAAACAGAAGAAUAAAAACUGUAUCGUCCAAAGUCUGCAAUAACAAUCUUGAAAUAUUUAAUAUUAUAUUAAAAAGUGAUGAAUUGACUCAGUAAUUUCAGUGUCAGACAAAAUAUGUGAACGUGACCUGGGUGUUAUUGUCGACAGUGAUUUGCGUUGGACAAAACACAUCGCUAAAAUUGUCAAGAAGGCUGAGGGUGUCUUGGCAUCACUCACCAAAUCCUUUGUGAGCCG